CAAUCACACUACAACUUAAACUCAGAACAAAACAAAAAACACCAAUCCCUUAUGAUGCUCUCUUCUUCGCCAACUUUCUUUUCUCCUCCAUUACUCUCCUCCUCUUCUCCACCGUUCUCCGCUGUGCCACCACCGCCCCGUACAUCCCAGAUCUCUCUUUCCGCGACCACCGCCUCCUCCUACACCUGCGCCGAAGAACCACCGAGAUUGCGCCAGAUUCCGCAGAGACUUUCGGCGACUCCGUCGCUCUACGAGAUCCUCGAAAUCCCCGUCGGCUCGACGAGCCAGGUGAUCAAAUCGGCUUACCGGCGGCUAGCCAGGAUCUGCCACCCUGACGUGGCUGGAAAUGAUCGGAAAUGCUCGUCGGCUGACGCUUUCACGAAGAUUCACGCGGCGUAUUGCACUCUUUCUGAUCCCGAGAAACGCGCCGUUUAUGAUCGGAAGAUCCUUUGCGGGCGCCGGCCGUUGACUGUCGGUGUUUCUAGAUUUGGCAGUUACGGAGGAGGGAACUGGGAAACUGAUCAGUGCUGGUAGCGAGUUGACUCGGUGAUCGAGGUGGGACAAGUGCAUUAUAUUUUUUUUUUUUUCGUAAUUAGUAACAUGGUAAAUAGUCUCUGAUACGCCCCGUUUAUCGUACCACGUAGGAUCAACGUUUUUAACUUUUUAUGUUUCUUUCCUUUUUUUUGUUUUUUUGAAAACUGUCAUUCAUUAACCUAAAAACUAAACUAAAAGAGAAAAAAACACAAGCCAAGGAGGCCAUUGUUUUUAGGGCUUAUUGGCUGAGUAGCCACGAAAAAAAAAAAAGUCAAGAGAAUGGACAAGAUUUUGACAUAAUGUAUUCCUUCGCUUUUUGCUUGCUUUUCUGCCGGUUAUGUCCUUCUACAUAAGAAGUUACCGGUUUCUAAUCAUGGAGAAAACAACGUGGUGAUUUUAUGUCCUUAAUAAUAAUGACAGACCUUAGAAAGCGCAUGGGUAAAUCAUAUUCAAAGACAAAGGAAUGAAAACAUGGAAAGAAACGAAUUGAUGAAAAGCUUAAAUGUGAAAGAAACAACGGUGUCUAACGGAGAAUGCAAAAAUGUAGUUCCAUACCAUAUAUGUUACAUAGAAUAGUAUAAGUUCAAAUAUAUGGGAUACAUUUCCAUUUGACAUGACUAACGUAGAAUAGAACCCUGUUUGUAAUGUAGUAAUAUAAUCACGAACAAAGACAGUGGAGUAUUUAGUGGAAUAAAUUUAUAAUUGUGGGUUACACCUUUUCCGUUUUUAAGAGUAGAAGAAAGCCACAAGAAUGUAGUUCCAUACUACAUAUUUCAGAUAGAAUAAUAUAAGUUCAGCUAUAUAAGAGACAUUUCCAUUCUACAUGACUACGUAGAAUAGAACCACUUUUGUACUUUAGUAAUAUAAUCACGAACAAAGAUGGUGGAGUGGACGGUUGAGGAGAGGCAAUGAUGUAUUUACUGCAAUAAAUUUACAAUUGUGGAUUACAGCUAUUCCUUUUUUAAGACUAGGAGGAAGCCACGUAGAGAAGGUAGAUUUACUGAAGAUAUUUUUACUGUGCAUAGGUAAACAAGUGGUGGAACUUAGCAGAGAUAAUCUUAAAUGUCUAUUCAAAGCAAACCAUAAAUGGUGUAUUCCAUAUAAUAAUCACUGUAAAUCUAUGUGAAGAAAAUCUGAAGCAACAAAGUACUCAGAAGAAACAAAGUGAAGAAAUUUAAAGAUUCACCGCUCUGAAAGAAGGAGGAGGUAAUUUUGUGUGAGAAUAUUCUAAUAAACCGGGUUUCAUAGCAAAUUUACUCUCUUCUGAUAGGAAAAUCCAGCUGGUGGUGGGCUUAUCCUCCUUUCCAAACAGAACAUCCCAUGUUGUUUGAGACGCACUCGACGAUGUGGAUUUUCCGGUUCCCUUACCACGCGCACCUUUACCCUUCGCCUGAUGGUGAGCGUCCACUAUUUGGCCACAAUUGAGGCCAGUUACGAGUGCGAAGUCUUGAAUAGCAUAACGAAUUGGUUUCCCCACGAAAAGCCACCACAGUUCGAAGUCCUUCUCAGUGAUCAACUGUCGUGAAAGAAGGUAGUGAAGAAACAUAACCGAGAAGGUAUGGGACCCCAUCUUCAGUACCUGGCCAAACUGUGACGCAUUCAACAUCGUGAGAUCCUCAUCCUCUAAUGCACUCUUUAUGACUUCAAUCCAACGGAGGUUGAAGUAGUUGUUAACUCUUUUCUUGCCGGUCGGUUCAUACCCUGUCUCAAACAAUCUACUUGGAAGCUCUAACUCGUCCAUAUCAAACCUGAAGAAUGAAAAUGAAGAGAGUGAAAGAGUGAAGAUGGUUCAUAGUGACAUAUGCAAUGUAGAAAUGACUAAUGAAUUAAACAGAAUAAGAUACGACAACCAAAUGGCAAAGCAUGGCAUGUGAAAGUACUUCCAUAUGAAAUGGAAUAUUAUGAACCGUAUAAAUUACUACUCAGUAUGACACAUCUCAAUGAAAUAAAUAGAUGAGGUAACAUAUAUAUGAGUUCACAGGGUCAUAUGCAAUAUAGAAAUGUCUAAUGAGUUAUACAGAGAAGAACAUGCAACGGGAUGGAAAAGCAUAGCAUGUGAAAGUACUUUUCAAUGUGAAAUGGAAUAGUAAGAAACAUUAACUAUUUGACAGAUACGACAACCAAAUGGAAAAGCAUGUCAUGUGAAAGUACUUAUCCAUAUGAAAUGGAAUAUUAUGAACCGUAUAAAUUACUACUCAGUAUGACACAUCGCAAUGAAAUAAAUAGAUGAGGUAACAUAUAUAUAUGAGUUCACAGGAUCAUAUGCAAUAUAGAAAUGUCUAAUGAGUUAUACAGAGAAGAACAUGCAAUGGAAUGGAAAAGCAUAUCAUGUGAAAGUACUUUUCAAUGUGAAAUGGAAUAGUAUGAAACAUUAACUAUUUCACAGAUACGACAACCAAAUGGAAAAGCAUGGCAUGUGAAAGUACUUCCAUAUGAAAUGGAAUAUUAUGAACCGUAUAAAUUACUACU